AUGCCUCCUCUCAACACGGCGACGAUUGGCAUGGCUGUUACGCCAACAGUCGUCUCCACCCUCUUCAGUCAUUACCUCGACCGUAAAAAAGUCCGCCAAAAACCCACCGAGCGACUCUCGUACGACGAAGGCCUCCACCUAAUCCGUUCCUUCCUCGCCUUUGCCUCCACCCGUCCUGUAGAAGAACUCCAGGCCUUCACCGGCCAAUGGGUCCCUCAUCCUACCUGGGUUCGCGUCGAUGAGGUCGAGAUCCCCGAAGAUAAACUCUCCUACGCCGCCAACCUUCUCCACGAACAGCUUGGCCCCGAGGGUAUUCGCCGCGUCGGCGGUCGCGAGUGGUGGCAAUGGCGCAGACCCAAGAGCCCGUUGAAGGCUGAAUGGAUCGAGAUGAAGGCCGACUACGAAGAGCGCAAGGAAAACGCAGACCCGGGCAAUCGCGUCAUGUUCUAUAUUCAUGGAGGCGCGUACUUCUUUGGUAGUGUCAAUGAGCACCGCUUCAUGAUACAGAGACAUGCGCGAAAGCUGAGGGCCCGAGCGUUUGCGCCCGAGUACAGGCUGGCGCCGCAGUUCCCUUUCCCGUGUGGACUGCAGGACUGCCUGGCUGCUUACCUGUACCUGCUGACGCAGCAGGAGCCCAAAACGAUUAUCUUGGCGGGUGAUUCGGCGGGUGGUGGCAUGGUCUUGUCGUUGUUGGUGAUUCUGAGAGACCAGGGCAUCCCAUUACCCGCUGGUGCAGUCUUGAUCAGUCCCUGGGUCGAUCUUACGCACUCGUUUCCCAGUGUGGCGGGAGAUUGUCCAUUGGACUACGUUCCGCCUUCUGGGUUCCAUCAUAGGCCGUCUAGAGCAUGGCCGCCACCGGAUGAGGAUGAGAUGGAGGAGCUCAAGAAGAUUGCCAUCGAGCAAAAGAAGGGCGACGGCGUGAAAGAGGGCAGUUCGGAUUCCAACAGCGGCAUUCCCACCAUUGGCGACGUUCUCGACAAACCCACUCGCUUGUCGCUCAUGAUCGACGGCCAACAGAUCGACAUCAAGGAGCAGAUCCAGAUGUACACCACCAAUGAGAUGCUCAACCACCCUCUUGUGAGCCCUGUUCUGCAACCUACCCUGGGUGGUCUCCCUCCUCUCCUUAUCAUGACCGGCGGCGCCGAGAUCUUGCGCGACGAGCAGAUUUACCUGGCCCACAAGUGCGCCAACCCCGAGCAAUACCUUCCACCCGAAGCCAUGAUGGACGAGCCCGCCUGGGCGCAAGUGAAGAAAUACCCACCAACCGACGUCCAGCUCCAAGUCUGGGAUGACCUGUGCCAUGUGGCUCCUACUUUGAGUUUCACACGGCCAGCCAAGUACCAGUUCCGAGCCAUCGCCCAAUUCGGCGCUUGGGCACUUGCUCGCGCUCAGCGGACCGAGAUUGACAUUCUCGAUGACGACGAUAUCUCUGUCAUUUCCGGCCACGAGGGCGAGGAUGAGUCUGAUGACGCUACCCACGAGCCUGCCGUUGACCCAACCCAACCUUACCUGGAUCCCAAGCCAAUGCCCAAGAAAAAGACUAAAAGGUCCAAAAACAAGAGAGCCAAGACAGUUGCCGAAAAGGAGAACGAGGCCAACGCCGUCGGCAAAGCAGGCGACCCUCUCCCGCCCUUCCACCAUCACAUGAUCCGCCAACGCGUGACCACCACCGGUCUGCUCCUCCCCCUUCCUGAGCAUUCUGACCUCCCAGCCUGCUGCGUUGACCGGAACGCCAUUGGCGUCAUCAAGCCCGGUCCAGUGCGCAAAUGGCUCGCCCACAAGAAGAAAUUCGAUUCCCGCUUCGCUUCAACCAAGUCCAAGGUUCACAAGCAGAGAAUCAAGGACAUGCGCGAAGGCGGCUACGAAGUCUUUCCUGGCGGUGACGUCCCUCCUCCCUCGGCACUCGCAGGCCGCAGAAAGAUUGGCCACCGCGAGGAGGACCUGAAGAAGGACAAGAAGAGCUGGGGUCUCAGUCUCUGGGGCGUAUGGGGCAGCAAGCACGACAAGAUGACUGUGGCGCGCGGGGAGAAGGCCGACCGCCGAGAAGUUUCCACCAAGACUGUCCAGGCGGCCGACGGCGGUGAGGGCGCUCGGAGCUACUCCGACAUCAAAAACCAGGAAGGUACCGGCGUCCAAGGCAAGACGGCCGCCGGCGUCGAGCGUCCCGGACUCGGAACCAGAGCGUCGGGCUCCAGAUAUAAGAGCGUUGCGGACCAGGGACAGACGGGGGAGCAUCAUCUGCAUGACGAUGACGAGCAUGAGCACGAGAGGCCGCAGAUCGAGGAUAUCCUGGCCUACAGGAAGGGAGAGCUGGAGGAGCAGCAUCAUCAGCCUCCGGAGGUCGGGGCGACGGGGAAGAGACCCAUUGUGGAUGGCUUGGCUACGCCGUUUAGUCUGGGAAAGAAGGCCGAGACGGCUAGCAUGAUUACGUUGCAGAGUGGCAAGAGCAGGAUGACGGCCGGCACCAGCAUUCUGCAGAGUCCGCCGGGUACCAGCGCUGGUGCGUCAAGGGACAACUUGUCGCUGAUGCCUAGUGGUGCUGAUGACGCCACUUCAGUAGCCGAAGGUGACGGUGACGCAGCAGCAGCUGGAACCCGCACUGGAAGUGCACUGAAGCACGAAGUGGAAGCCGACGGCGAGAAGCAGAAUGUGAUUCAGGCCGACGAGCACAUCGUUCCCCGCGAAGUCGAGGUCAGGAAUUAUACUACCCACCCACUGGAUGCCACGAGGGGAAUCGGCAUGUCGUUGCCUACGCCUCUUACGCCCGGAACCCCAGGGACGUUGGGGAGUAGGCCGGGAUUGGAUCGGUUCGUGACUGCUGAUGAGUUCUUCAGUACGGGGGGUACUCCUACUCCUACGGCUAGUGAGCCGAAGCUUAACGUUGCUUGAUUUCUGAGGAGAGGUUUUGUUGUUUCCCUACGGUUGAUAUCCCUCAGAUUUUAGUUUGGUUCUAGAUAGAUAUCCUUUUGCUCUUUUGUUGGUUGAGAGUUUGGAAGAGUUAGUCAGCCUGAUACCUAUCCAUGGAGCGAGAGAGCAAAGGGGGGAGUGAGUGGUUCUGGGUAAAAGUGGAGGGAAUAAUAUGUGCCAGGCACGGUGAUAAGUUUCCUAGUUGUUGUUCCGUUUCAGUUAGUUUUGAGUUUGAGUUUCCUUGAGUUAUGAUACCACUGUUUUACUA